AUGGAAGGGGAAACUUCACUUUCGAAUAAUGAAAAACUCCAGUUCUUUUGGAAUGACAAGCCUGAGCUAUGGUUUGCUCAGCUUGAAUCCCAAUUUAAAUUAGCUAACAUAACAGUUGAUUCCACUAAAUUUUAUUAUGUUGUUUCAUCCUUAGGUAGUGAUGAUUUAACUGGCUCCGACGACCUUGAUUUAACUUGCGUUUCAGAUAUUGUACUAAAUAUACCUGAUAGUGAAGCUUAUACUCAAAUAAAAACUAGGUUAAUUGCACAAAAUGCUGAUUCUGAAUCAUCACGUUUAAAAAAAUUGCUUUCAGGUAUUGAGUUAGGCGAUAAAAAACCCUCAAAACUUCUUUACGAGAUGCAAAGUUUAGCUGCAGAUAAAAUUUCAUCUGAGGUUUUGAAAAACUUGUGGUUGCAACGCUUGCCUUUGCAAAUUCGGCAAAUUUUAUCUAUCAGUAAAGAUAAUGUGCAAUCUUUAGCUAAAAUGGCUGAUAGUGUUUUUGAGAUUUCUAACGAGGAUGCUGUCACUUCGGUUUCAUUUAAUGUCGAAUCGCAGGGUUUUCAAAAUAUUGAAAAGCGCUUAACAGCAAUUGAGCAGAGACUCUCAAAAAUAGAAAUUCGACAUAGAUCUUCUUCUCGUGGAAAAGAAGUUCGAAAGUCUAUAAAUCGGAAGUAUUGCUGGUGGCAUUUUAAAUUUGGAAAUAAAGCUAGCAAGUGUCAACAACCAUGCACUUUUGGAUCGGAAAACUAAAUAGACCUUUCGUUUCGGCGCUGACGGUAGAAAAAGGUUUGGUAAAGCGCUUAUUUGUUUUUGAUAAAAU